AUGCGGAUCGUUGAAAUUGUGAUAGACGGCUUUAAAUCGUACGCCGUGCGUACGGUGAUCUCAGGAUGGGACGAAGCGUUCAACUCGAUCACAGGCCUGAAUGGUAGCGGUAAAUCCAACAUUCUGGACGCCAUCUGUUUCGUUCUCGGUAUCACGAACAUGAGCACCGUUCGCGCGCAAAACCUCCAAGACCUCAUCUACAAGCGCGGUCAAGCCGGUGUCACUAAAGCCAGUGUGACCAUCGUCUUCGACAACCGCGAUACUGCGAAAUCCCCGAUCGGUUUUGAGGAGUAUGCGAACAUCUCUGUGACCCGACAAAUCGUGCUGGGAGGUACCAGCAAAUACCUCAUCAAUGGCCAUCGAGCGCAGCAACAAACCGUCCAGAACUUGUUCCAGAGUGUUCAGCUGAAUAUCAACAAUCCCAACUUCCUCAUUAUGCAAGGUCGCAUUACAAAGGUCCUGAACAUGAAGGCAGUUGAGAUCUUGUCGAUGAUUGAAGAAGCUGCCGGUACACGAAUGUUCGAAGACCGCAGGGAGAAGGCGAUCAAGACAAUGAGCAAGAAGGAACUGAAGCUGAACGAGAUCGAAGGCCUUCUCAAGGAGGAAAUUGAGCCCAAGCUGGAGAAGCUUCGCUCUGAGAAACGUGCUUUCCUCGAUUUCCAGCAGACACAAAGUGAUCUCGAACGCUUGACUCGAGUUGUCAUUGCCCACGACUAUGUGCGGGGUGGUGAACGGUUACGAGUUGCCGGCGAUGAGUGCGAGAACAAGCGGAGUAAGGUGCAAGCGCUGGAGGAGAAUGCCGACAAACUCAAGAGUGAAAUCGCCCACUUGGAAGAGGAUGUGAAACGUGUGCGAGCUGCUCGCGACAAGGAACUGCGAAAGGGCGGAAAAUUCCAAGGUCUCGAGGACGAGGUGAAAGCGCAUUCACAUGAGUUAGUCCGGUUGACAACUGUGUUUGAUCUCAAGAAAACUAGUAUGGAGGAGGAGAAAGAGAAGGGCAAGGAUAUUCGAAAGACUGUCAAAGACCUUGAGAAAGCUUUGCAAGAAAAGAAGAAGGUCUAUGAUAAAGUUCAGGCCCAGUACGAUGCCGCUAAGGCAGAACUUGAUGCCCAAAACGCGGAAGUGGAGCAGAAGGAAGAAUUGCUCCAAACUUUGCAGACCGGUGUUGCCUCGAAGGAAGGCCAAGAGAGCGGAUACCAGGGCCAAUUGCAAGACGCUCGAAACCGUGCCAGCAACGCAACUACGGUACAGGAACAAGCGAAGCUUAAGAUCUCCAAUUUCGAAAAGCGGAUCAAGGAGGACGAGCCACGCGCCAAAAAGGCCAAAGAGCAGAACUCCGGUCUAUUGUCCGAUUUGGAAGGAUUGAGGUCACAAGCGAAGAAGCUUGAGGCAGAGCUCACCAGACUAGGAUUCGAGCCUGGAAGGGAGGAGCAGAUCUACCAGGAACAGUCUCAACUCCAACGCGAUAUCCGUGAACUUCGCCAAAGAGCCGAUGGCCUCAGGCGGAAGGUUGCCAAUGUCGACUUCAACUAUACUGACCCUCAACCCAAUUUCGACCGAUCGAAGGUCAAGGGCUUGGUCGCCCAACUAUUCACACUGAACAAGGAUCGGAUCCCGGCGGCAACUGCUCUAGAGAUCUGCGCCGGUGGUCGUCUGUAUAACGUCGUUGUCGACAGCGCCGAGACCGGUACCCAGUUGCUCCAAAAGGGCAAACUGCGCAAGCGCGUUACCAUUAUUCCUCUGAAUAAGAUCUCCUCCUUCAGGGCUUCCGCAGAGAAGAUAGGAGCCGCCCAGAACAUUGCCCCCGGGAAGGUCGAUUUGGCCUUGUCUUUGAUUGGGUACGACGACGAGGUUAUUUCAGCGAUGAACUAUGUCUUUGGCAACACCCUUAUUUGUGAAGACGCCGACACUGCCAAGAAGGUCACUUUUGACCCGUCUGUUCGAAUGAAGAGUGUUACUCUCGAUGGCGAUGUUUAUGAUCCCUCUGGAACACUGUCGGGUGGAAGUUCCCCCAACUCCAGUGGAGUUCUUGUUACUCUGCAGCAGCUCAAUGAGAUCAACAAGGAGUUGAGGAGUAAAGAGCGUCAACUGGCCACCUUGGAGGAUAAUAUGAAGAAGGAAAAGAAGAAGCUUGAUGAAGUUCGAUCGAUCAAGCAAGCACUGGACCUCAAAUCUCAUGAAGUCAAGCUUACCGAAGAGCAAAUCAACAACAACUCUUCCUCUUCCAUUAUUGCUGCCGUUGAAGAGAUGCGAGCAAACAUCGAGCAACUGAAACAAGACAUUGCAGAUGCCAAAACCCGACAAACCGAGGCCGCUAAAGAUAUUAAGCGCAUUGAGAAAGAUAUGAGCGAAUUUAGCGACAACAAGGAUAGCAAGUUGGCAGAGCUACAGAGCUCACUCAACACUCUCAAGAAAAACCUCACCAAGAAUUCUGCUUCGGUGAAGGAGCUGCAGAAACAACUGCAGUCAUCUCGUCUUGAUUCUGAGCAGGUUGGAAGUGAUCUUUCAGCCGCCGAAGAACAAUCAGCAGAGUCGGAGAAUACGCUGAAGGCUCAAGUCGAAGAGAUUGAUUCUCUGAAGCGAGAACAAACACGGCUCAAGGAUGCCCACGAUGUUGCCCAAGCCCACCUCGAGGAUGAGAGAGCCAAGUUGACUGGCUUCGACGACGAGUUGCGGGAACUCGAGAAGACGAUGAAGACGAAAUCCUCGCAAAUCACUGAAGAGGGUCUGGAGAUGCAGAAACUUGGCCACCAGCUUGAGAAGCUGCAGAAAGACCAGAACACUGCCGCCCAGGCCGUUGGCCACAUGGAGCAAGAGCAUGAAUGGAUCGCGGACGAGAAGGAGCAGUUCGGUCGCCCCAACACCCCAUAUUACUUCCAAGACCAGAACAUCGCCGAAUGCAAAUCUACGUUGCGCAACUUGACCGAGCGAUUCCAGGGGAUGAAGAAGAAGAUCAACCCCAAGGUUAUGAACAUGAUCGAUAGUGUCGAGAAGAAGGAAGCCGCUCUGAAGAACAUGAUGAAGACCGUCAUUCGCGAUAAGCGUAAGAUCGAGGAGACCAUCAUCAAUCUCAACGAGUAUAAGAAGGAAGCGCUUCACAAGACCUGGGUUAAGGUCAAUGGUGACUUUGGCCAAAUCUUCGCGGAACUUUUGCCGGGCAGCUUUGCCAAACUCGACCCUCCCGAGGGCAAGGAUAUCACAGACGGACUGGAGGUUAAGGUGUCUCUUGGAAAGGUCUGGAAGCAGAGUCUCACAGAGCUUAGUGGUGGACAACGAUCACUUAUUGCUUUGUCCCUGAUUAUGGCCCUCUUGCAAUUCAAGCCAGCUCCCAUGUACAUUCUGGACGAAGUCGAUGCCGCGCUGGAUCUCUCCCAUACCCAGAACAUUGGUCGCCUGAUCAAGACCCGCUUCAAGGGAUCUCAAUUCAUUGUCGUCUCACUCAAGGAUGGCAUGUUCCAGAACGCCAAUCGCAUCUUCCGCACUCGAUUCAGCGAGGGAACCAGUAUCGUCCAGGCCUUGACCCCUGCCGACCUGCAAUGA